AUGCCUACCGCACAAAAAUCCCGCUCGAAAGCCAAAUCCAAGACCACCGCCGCCGCGAAACAGGCUGCCGAAAAAGCCAAGCUUGAUCAGAUCGAAAAGACCAAACUCGAUACGGCGAUCUGUAAUCGAACGCAAAGCACUCUUAUAGUCAAUAUUCUACUCGAGGCUACUUUUGGGUGUAUGACCUUUUUACGAGGUCUUCUCCCAGAUGAUAACUUCACCGACAAGGUCGUCCUUGUCCCCAACCCUGACCCUCUCCACGCACCUUCGGCCCCGACCCCCGCCGAGCUGGCCGCUUUGGCCGAGGGUAGUCAACCUCCUCCGGCUAGUCAGUAUGGGAAGACGGCGACUGGGUUGAAGGUGAAGAGCCUUAUCAGGGGGUAUUCGCCGGAAGCGGAUAAAGUCCUCGGAUGGCUCGACGGGAUCAUGGAAGCGGUAGAGAAACAAUACUUGAAGACUUGCGUGUUCGCGAUCUACCUCGAUCCGAACGAGCCUGAAAAGCAAGUCCCUCGUCUCAUCGAAACCUUGACCGUCUCCUUCCACUACCCCCUCGUCCCGGGUACCGACAUUCGCGUCCCAGAGAUGGAGAUCUCUGACCACUUAUCUCACCUCGGCCUGGACCAGACUAAACGUAUCUCGUCUUCCGCUGCGGUGGGGACCAGGACGGUAGGGGAGGUGAAACGGGCGUUGAGGAGGUUGGUGAAGAGUCUGAUCUUGGUCUGUCAGAAUAUGGGGGAGUUACCUGCGCAAAAGUUCGGUAAUAUGAAAUUGGUUUACAACGAAUCGGCGCCUGCCGACUACGAAGCGCCCAACUUUGUCCCCCUCGCUCUCGAGAAGCAACAGUGGCACUUUACCACACACGAGGUCAACGAGAAACCUGAUCGGACUUUCGUUGGGGCCGUCGAAUCGGGGCAUCAUUCGAUAUCGGUCAAAGUCGCCUCGAUCAUCAAAGAGAUUCCCCGACCAGUACAUGUGGAAGAAGAAGAUGCCAUGGAGUUCGGUGUCGAAAGGUCGGCACAGGUCACUACCAAGGGGAAACGAAAGAGGGAGGACGAGCAGGAGGAACAGCGGGAGGAUGCUUUAAGACGGAAGAUCGUUUGGUCGGCUGAUCAGGACGCUGAAGAUCGCAGUCUUAUCGACCCGGAAUAUCGCGACGCAGAAGGGGAACCGGAGAACAGUCCUACUUCCAGCCAAGAAGGAUCGGAUGGGUACCGACCUUAUGGGAUCAUGGCCGAUGAUGGCGCUAUCAUGCCGAUUCCGGAGGAGCUGAUGGCCGGAGCGCGUCGACCACAUAUCGAUGAGGGAGAAGAGAAAGGAGAAGAAGAUGACAUAGCGAUGGAAGUAGACGGGCAGGAAGUCUCGCCGACACUGGUGUCGAAUGGCGAGAACAGCCGAGCUAUGCAGCCAAUCGACAUUCAUAACGUCUUCGAAGAGAUGCUCAACCCAGAACCGGUCAAUAUGCAACUGGACCGUCAAUCGAGCAAUGGUCUUCGUGCAGAGUUUUCAAAAAAUGUUCGGCCAGGAGUGCAAGUCGAACUCGAUGAUCCAGUCUCUUCGGUUCCGGUCCCGGAGACCACGGUGAUCGAGCGACACGAGUCGAUACAAAUCGAUGCGAUUGCGCUCUCCAACCAACGGGAGGAAGAUAUCGACUCCAUCGCCUCGUUCUCCCAGCUUGAUCGGAUCACCCAUACCGUCCGAGACGUUCCCGCCGAAAGUUCGCAAGUACCUUCAUCUCAGAGGCGAUCCCCGCGACAAUCUCGUCCGGUCGAGAACAUCAAUGAGAAGCAGGGAUCGAAAGGGAGCAAGAGCUCGAGGCAAGCCAGCAAAGAGCCUUGUGUCUGCGGCGAUCCGGCAGAGGACCUCACGAUGGUCGCGUGCGAGAGUUGCGAGCGAUGGUUCCAUAUGCCUUGUACCGGCCACCUGGAACCCAAGAACCUUCCCGAGACGUAUUAUUGCACAGUCUGCAUCCUGGUGUUGACCGGCAACGGAACGAAAGCAGCUGUGGAACACGUCGAGACAUAUCUCCCUGGGAUCGCCUUGCUACGUCGGGGACUAUGGGUCGGCUAUACCGAGAAGUGUCUACCGGACGAGAUCGCAUUAUGCAAGCGAUUAGGUUGUGGACCUCAAGACACUAAACAACUGGUCGAACGAAUGACAGAUGGCGGUUUCCUCGUGCCGAUACAAAUCGACGCAAAGAACAAACGGGGCAAAAAAGCUCGGGGUUGGACUUUUGUCAACAAUAUCACUCAAUCGAACAAACUUCGUACUUGGUUCACCCCGGGUGGGACGCUCGAGCGCAAUGAAUUCGGCGUCAAUGCCAAGAUGGUCAAGGCGUUCAGGAACUGGAAAGGCGGCCCUCAGUCCGACUUACAAGAUUCACAAAUUGCUGCACCGAAACAACGAGGAGGCAAACCGACUGACAUCCAGGACGAAGGGGUCCAGAUCACCGAAUCCCACCCGAACCCCCAGAUCAAAUCUCACUCCGAUUCCCAAUCCCGAUCCCAAUCAGACUCUCCGUCUCAGGUUCGACCUAAUGGGAAACAUCAAACACUUCACACCCGAGAGCCCGUUCACCAAACCCCUGCUCUCACCGAAGAAAACAACGGAGGGAAGGCUAAGGAAAAGGAAAAGGAGAAAGUGAAGGAGAAAGAGGCGGAAGAGAUGAUCGUCGACGAGAUCGAGGAGUUUGACCGGGAUCCUACGCCUACGCCUAGACCUGCGUCCACGCCGAAAGGGAGGAGGGAGCGGGAGGUUAUUUCUCGGCCUGCUGGGAAUGCGGCGGGCGGGUCUCAACUUCGGUCUGGAUCGCAAUCUCAAGCUCGGUCGCAGGCUGGGAACAAGGACGUCAACCGUAACAACGAUGGUGCCGCUAUUGUCACACCGGUCCCGACAAAACUCUCUUCCCAAGCGGCUCAAGUCCAGGUUCCAGCGCUGGCUUCGCAACUUCGACCUACUAGGACUCGCAGGGAAAGGGUGUCUGCUGCGAGGAGUUUUGUGGAUAUGGGUACUCUGUAUUGA